UUCAUUCCUGAUUUUCCCACCAUAUUUACAUAUCCAAUGGAUGAGAAUAGUUUGCUACACGUGGCAUCAUCUAAUAAGAUCUCUAUCUUUUAAGACAUACAAUCAAUUCUGGACAAAAGAGGGUUAUCCCCACAGCUAGAAUUCCAGUACAUGCUAUCUCUAGAGAGCCAGUCCAAGCGAAGUGAACACAAGCCAAGUAGUUCACUGAAAAAUGACAAAAAAAAACUGCCAGUUCAAUGAUACACAUGCAGCACUCCCUGAACUUCCAGUUUCUCCAAAGAGCCAGUCCAAGCUAAGUUCUUUUUUAUUACUGUAAUAUAAAUGAUACACAUCACAAAUUCACAAUGCAUACCGUAAAUUUAUUUAGACUCUGAAUUUUUUCCAUUGAUACACAUGGAUAUGUGAUUGCCAUGGCUGCAAACCCAUUGUAAUCUAGAUGUUUCCCUCCCAAGAUACAAAUCACAAAUUCAACAUAUUUAAACUCCGUUUAUAAAUUCCAAAAAAAAAAAACUAUUGUUGAGGCUCGGAAUUAUUUUCCAUUGCUAAGCUAAAUGAUAUGAUUGUCAUGGCUGCAACGAUGAUCUCAAAGUUCGGGGUUGCCUCGCCAAGAUACAAAUCAUUUCGUUAAAUCUUCGUUAUUAGCAUUGGUAAAUACACAUUGAUGUUGUCACAGCCUCAUUAGAGAUACGUCAUACUCUACUUAUAUAUAAAAGCCCAUAAGAAAUUUUUUCCAAUUUCAUUCCUGUUUUUUCUGCCAUAAUUAUGCAUCGAAUGGAUGAGAAUAGUUUGCUACACGUGGCAGCAGCGUAUGAGAUCUCUAUCUAUAAAGACAUACAAUCAGUUCUGGACAAAAGAUUAUUGUCCCACAUCAGGAAUUCCAGUACAUGCUAUCUCCAAAGAGUCAGUCCAAGCCAAGUAGUUCACUGAUCAAAUGACAAAAGAACUGCAAGAGCAAUGGAUAUCACGCGCGGAUAUGUGAAGCAGUGAAAAAUUUCUUUAGGCUCAGAAUUUUUUCCAUUGAUACACAUGGAUAUGUGAUUGCCAUGGCUGCAAACCGAUUGUAAUCUAAAUGUUGCCUCGCCAAGAUACGAAUCACAAAUUCGACAUAUUUAAAAUCCGUUUAUAAUUUCUAUAUAAAAAAAGAACUAUCGUUGAGGCUCGGAAUUAUUUUCCAUUGCUAUCUAAACGAUAUGAUUGUCAUGGCUGCAACGAUGAUCUCAAAGUUCGAGGUUGCCUCGCCAAGAUACGAAUCAUUUCGUUAAAUCUUUGUUAUUAGCAUUAGAAGAUACACAGUGAUAUCGUCACAGCCUCUUUGGAGAUACAUUAUUUUCCUUUUCAAUUUUGAAAUCAACUGCGGCUAAAAAGAGGCUCAGACUUUUCAAAUUUAUUUACUCAUCACAAUGGAAAGGAUGCAAAAACGCCAUGACUGCUUCGGUACCCACCAAGCCACGCCAAGAUAUGUUUUAUUUCCUUAAUUUCACAUUUACAAGAAAAGUAUAAAAAUUGCAUCAGAGCCUCUGUUUACUGAAAGUAUUGCACCUGCAAAUGUGUAAUAUAUCACAGCUGCAAAGGAAAGAUAAAUCACAUAAUUACGAGACAUACAGUGAACAUGGUCAUUGUACUACACUGCAAAUACCUAUUACAGGUGCAUAAGACAAACCAAGUCAGCACUAAGAAGGGAAACCAGCGUAUAUUAUGCCAUUCAAGUCAUAGUACUCAGACCAACAAAGUCCGUCCUGAGAACCCAACACAUUCCAUUGUCAGUAUAAAUACCACUCCAGUGCAUAACACUACCCACCCUUCCCCAAAAUUCCUUCAAUACACUGGUUUAUUAAUAAUCAGCAUUAUACUUUACUAAAAUGCCUGCCCUUUGGACAAGAUUGGUGGAUUUAAAACCAUCUACUUUUCGUGCCAAUCUUAAAUUAAGAUUAGUUUGUUCUUACGACUUGAUAUCCUACAGAAAUGCUGGAGAAGUUUAUGCACGGGAGUGUAUUUUUCACGACAAUGAGGUACUUUUUUUCAAAACUUUUUAGCUAGCCAGUUUUCAAAUUGAUAUUAAUUAUUUUAUAAAAAAUUUCAGGGGAACCACAUUCUUGGAGUCUAUCAAAAGGAGGAAAUAGCAUUGUUUGGAUCAACGCUCAAAGAGGGGAAUUUAUAUCGAAUAAGUAAUCCGGCAGUUUAUCAAACAACAGGCCUCACAUUGUUUCAAGCAAAUUUAAGCUAUCACUUGGUAAAAGGAGUACUGUUACCGAGAUGUUUGAUGAACAAUUCCCCAAGCAUUUUUUCAAUUUCAAACCAUUUGGGGAGAUAAAUGCUUUGAAAAAUAUUGAAAAUGUUCCAAUGUUUGAUGUAAUAGGCGCAAUGUUUGUUAAUGACCCUCCAAUCACCAAACCAGUUAUGGGAAAAGAAACCCUAAUUAUGGAGAUUAUAUUAGAGAAUUUAGAGUAAGUACAUCAUAUCAGUCAUUAUCCCUUAUUAUAGUAUGUAUAUUAUACGAAUAUAAUUGUGUAUUACACUAUAAAUGGUUAUAGGGGCACAAGAAUUGCAUGUACUUUGUGGGGCAGAUAUGCUUCAAAUCUCAUGAAAUUUGUGGAAAAAUUGCCAAAGAAACCCGUCAUAGCUGUAAUUCAGUUUUGCAAAGAAGGGAUAUAUAAUGGUAAAGAAUUUCUUUAAAAUGUAAUUUAAAACAAAACAAUACUGCUUCUAAAUUUUUUCAAUUUUUCAAUACGGGAAAAAUAUUCCAAAUAUAUGGAAAUUUAAUACUUUUUAUAUUAAAAGAGUAAUUCUGUGUAAUUACUUGGAAUUCUGAAAAUUUGACUAUGCAAAUUUCAUUUUCUCAGGCAACAUUAAGGCUUCCACUUACUACGAUGUUUCUAAGAUGUUGCUUGAUGAGAACAUUCAAGAGAUUAACACCUUCAGAGAGAGGUAAUUUUAAAAAUACUUUGGUCUUUGAAAAUAAAUAACAAUUUUCAAAAACUAUUUAGAAUUGUUUCUUAUUGGCAAACCAGAUACAUUGCAACAAGAUGUAUUUCCAAUCAGUCUCUAUCCUUGAGUGUCUCUACGAUAACAUUUCAAAGUACUCCAAUGACAAUCAAGCUCAGAACGAUAGAGGAAGUUAUUGAAAGGAAAGAGGUAAAGUACAUAUUUUGAAAAUUUUAAUUAUCUCAUCAAACAUUACAUCCUACAUAUCUCUUUUUACAGCAAGGGCGUGUUUGGAUUUCUUGCUCUAUUGCGGGAAUAGAAAACUCAGGUUCCUGGUUUUACAGCUCCUGUAAGGGAUGCCCUAAGAAAAAAUUGCCAGAGGACAGUUUGAACUUUUGUGGUGUGUGUAAAUCCCAAGGUGUGGUUUUGAGGUAAAUAUAAUAUUUUGCAUGUUUUAACACUUUAAUAAAUAUUUUUCUUAUAAAUUUUUGUACUUAUAAAUUACUUAUAUUUUC